AUGGAGUUUCCAGAGCACAGUCAGCAGCUGCUGCAGAGCCUCCGGGAGCAGCGGUCCCAGGGUUUCCUUUGUGACUGCACCGUGAUGGUGGGUAGCACCCAGUUCUUGGCCCAUCGGGCUGUGCUGGCUUCCUGCAGCCCAUUCUUCCAGCUUUUCUACAAGGAGCGGGAAUUGGACAAGAGGGAUCUGGUGUGUAUUCACAAUGAGAUUGUCACGGCCCCAGCCUUUGGGCUGCUUCUGGACUUUAUGUAUGCUGGCCAGCUGGCCCUGAGGGGGGAUACCCCUGUGGAGGAUGUGCUAGCAGCUGCCAGCUACUUGCACAUGAAUGACAUCGUCAAGGUGUGUAAGCGGCGUUUGCAAGCCCGGGCCCUGGCAGAGGCGGACAGUACCAAGAAGGAGGAGGAAACCAACUCACAGGCCUCUAGUUUGGAAUUUUCGUCCAGCACAUCCCGUGGCCCCCAGCCUUUGUUAGCAUCUGCUGAAACAUCAGGCCAUUGGGGAAAAGGGGAAUGGAAAGGCCUGACCACUCCCUCACCUACUGCCCGUCCUCCAGAUGAGCCAGCAGUGCCAGGUGGGGCUGACACUACACAGCCUAGCAUGGAGGUUGACUCACCACAUCUACGGGCUCCUCCCCCACCAGUGGCUGAUGUCUCUCUUGCCAGCCCUAGUAGCUCCACAGAGACCAUUCCUGGAAACUACUUCUCUUCUGGCCUUCCAACAGUUUCAGUGGAGCCCCUAACUCCUCUCGAAGUGGGUCCUGAGGGUCUGAGGGUGGUAGAACCCAGGGAUACUGGAGGACCACUGCAAAGCUUCUAUCCCCCAGGUUCAGCUCCAGCCCCGGCCCCACCCCCAGUCUCAGUCUCAGCCCCAGUGUCAUCCCAGAUGCCAGCCCCAGCUGAAGCUGAGCUAGUCCAGGUGAAAGUAGAAGCUAUUGUGAUCUCUGAUGAAGAGACUGAUGUGUCAGAGGAACAGCCUCAGGUUUCUGAGGGACUGUUCCCACCUGGAGGAGCAAUGUAUGGGGGACAGCCCUCCCAGCCAGAGGCUUUUGAGGAGCCAGGGACAGCAGGACUGGAGGAGGUAGGACCCAGUGACCACUUCCUGCCUCCAGACCCUCAUCUACCCUACCAUCUUCUGCCAGGUCCAGGGCAGUAUCAUCGAGGACUUGUGACUUCACCCCUGCCUGCACCCCCAGCCCUGCAUGAGCCACUUUACCUGCCUUCUGAGUAUGAAGCAGCCCCAGGAAGCUUUGGGGUUUUUACUGAGGAUGUUCCUACCUGCAAGACAUGUGGGAAGACCUUUUCAUGUUCUUACACACUGCGACGACAUGCUACAGUGCAUACACGUGAGCGACCCUACGAGUGCCGCUACUGCCUGCGUAGUUACACACAGUCAGGGGACCUCUACCGCCACAUCCGCAAGGCUCACAAUGAGGACCUGGCCAAACGCAGCAAACCAGAUCCAGAGGCUGGGCCCCUUCUAGGGGCGCAGCCUCUCCCUAGUUCCCCAACAACAGACAGACAGAGCGGCAGUGGUGGAGGUCCAACCAAAGAUUUUGUACUUGGCCCCAAAAAUUAGUAUCUGGGGAGCAUGAGCUGAUGCUAGGCUUACUCUUACAUCCUUAGUUGGCAGCACAGAAGGUUGGAGGCAUCUCAUCACUCCUGCUGGGUGACAGAAUGAAGGUUCUUCCCAGGCUGAAGGUUCCUACCCUUUGCCCAGCCAGAUAAGCUGAACUUUAUGGGGCAGAUCAUAUCGGUCAGCUCUCACCAAGGGCACUGGGAAGUUUCCUGAGAUGUAAUCGCUUCUCACUCUGCCUUCUGGAGCAUAAAGCUAGCAGUGAAAGUA